GUUACUGAGUCAAAACAAGCAGAGAAGAAGACACCGGAGCCUCACACGUGCAGCACAGUGUCAACAUGGGUAAAAGAAGACAGAAUAAACAACUUUUUACCAAUCUAUCAAAAAAACAGAAGAAACACCUGAAGGAAUUUGGAGAGGAGCACCCCUUUCAUGAUGUGUAAGCAGCUAUAUACUCUAUACUCUUCUGCGCGCUGUAACACGUAGCUACUUUUAUGUUAGCCAACCAGCUAAGUAAAGAUCUCUAUAGAAAUCUUCAAAGUGUUUAAACCAUCAAGUGGUUGAUUUUUCUUUAUUUCUUUAAUGCUAAUAAUUUACUCUCAUACAGAUCGAGUGUAAAAACUACAUGUUCGUGGAAUAAGUACUUGGAAACGGCUUGAAGCGGGUAUAACUGUAGGUUAAAGUAUUAUUAGCCAAGGUUAUGCCACAAGGUGCAAUAUUUACGUUUUCAGUCUUUUUCUCGUCUUUUGUUUACAUUGAAGGUUUUACGUAGAGAAAGAAAAGUUUUUGUCGUGUAAAAAAGUUACAUCAAGAUAAAUAAAUUCACAACUUUUUCUGUCUUUAAUGUAAACUGUACAACACAAUUGAAAAACAAACAUAAAUCUAAUAAAAUAAAGGGAGGUGAAGUAAAAAUAAACAACUGAGAUCAUGUGGUUGCAUAAGUGUGCACACCCUUUAAUAACUGGGGAUGUGGCUGUGUUCAGAUUUAACCAAUAACUUUCAAACUCAGGUUAAAUUGGAGUCAGCACACACCUGUUACCAAUUAAAGUGCCUCUGAUCAACCCCAAAUAAAGUUCAGCUGUUCUAGUAGGCUUUUCCUGACAUUUUUGUAGCCACCUCUUCCAGCACAAGCCAUGGUCAUCUCAUUAUUCAAAGAUAUCAGUCAGGUGAGGGCUACUAAAAUAAUAUCCAAGGAAAUAAAUAUACCAUGGAACACAGUAAAGACCGUCAUCAUUAAAUGUAGAAAAUAUGGCACAACGGCGACAUUACCACGUCUUGAUUAACUGCAUGAAAGACGUUAAAACAUGGAUGGACCUAAACUUGCUAAAACUAAAUGGAAACAAAACGGAGGUUAUCCUGUUCGGCCGUCCAGACCUGGUUCAGGUCCUUGCCAGCUCCCUCGACCCAUUAGCACCGUACAUAAAAUCCCAUGCCAGGAAUCUUGGGUUUAUUAUUGACGGUGCCUUCAAACUGGACAAGCAGGUCAGUGCUGUGGUCAAGUCCAGCUUCUUCCAACUGAGGCUUUUAGCAAAGAUUAAACCAUAUCUCAACCAAAGAGACCUGGAAACAGUAAUCCAUUCUUUUAUUACUUCUCGCUUGGAUUACUGCAAUUCUCUUUACCUCGGAAUUGACUAGGCUGAGCUUAACCGCCUGCAGCUCGCCUCCUUUCUGGCACCAAGAAGCGCGAGCACAUAAUUCCAGUGCUCUCUUCUCUACACUGGCUUCCAGUUAGGCACAGGAUCGUUUUUAAGAUUCUUUUAUUUGUUUUUAAAUCUCUGAAUGGGCUGGCCCCAGAGUACCUGGCUGACCUUGUUAAGCUACACCAACCCUCCAGAGCCCUUAGGUCUGCUGACCGGGUCAUUUUAGACGUGCCUCGUUCGUUUUUAAAAUCCAGAGGGGAGCGAGCGUUUGCGGUUGCAGCUCCCACUUUGUGGAAUGCACUACCCCUAAGUGUGCGUACUGCAAAUAGUCUCUCUACUUUUAAAACCCAACUGAAGACGCACUUGUUCACCUUAGCUUUUGACGGAGUAUGAUACUUGUAUUGGUUAUAUAUUUGUUUUUGUUUACAUUUAUAUGUUACAUGUCUUUUGUUGUUGCUGUUUGCUGUGUAUGACUUGCUUUUAUUGCUACUGCAAAGCACUUUGGUAGGCCACUGGCUGUUUAAAUGUGCUAUACAAAUAAACUUGACAUUGACAUUGACCAAGAACAGGACAUUUGUCCAAAAUUGAUGAUACGACAAGAAGAAAACUGGUCAGGGAGGCUACCAAGAGGCUGACAGCAACACUGAAGGAGCUGCAGGAAUUUCUGGCAAGUACUGGCUAUGUAGUACAUGUGACAACAAUCUCCAGCAGUCUUCAUAUGUCUGGGCUAUGGGGUAGGGUGGCAAGAUGAAAACCUAAUCUUACAAAGAAAAACAUCAAAGCCCAGCUUAAUUUUGCAAAAAGACAUCUGAAAUCUCCCAGAUGCAUGUGGGAAAAUGUCUCAUGGUCUGAGGAAACCAAAGUUUAACUUUUUGGGCAUCAUUGCAAAAGGUAUAUUUGGCAAGAAAUCAACACUGCUCAUCACCAAAAGAACACCAUACCCACAGUGAAGCAUGGUUGUGGCAGCAUCAUGCUUUUGGGCUGUUUUUCUUCAGCUGGAACUGGCGUCUUCGGGUGGAGGGAAUUAUGAACAUUUCCAAAUACCAGUCAGUGUUGGCACAAAACCUUCAGCCUUCUGCUAGAAAGCUGAAGACGAAGAGCAACGUCAUCUUUUAGCACGACAAUGACCCAAAACACACAUCUAAAUCAACAAAAGAAUGGCUUCACCAGAAUAAGAUUGAGACUUUGGAAUGGCCCAGCCAGAGCCCAGACCUGAAUCCUAUCAAACAUUUGUUGGGUGAUCUGAAGAGGGCUGUGCACAGGAGAUGCCCUCACAAUCUGUCAGAUUUGGAGCGGUUUUGCAAAGAAAAGUGUGUAAAUAUUGCCACAUCAAGAUGUGCCACACUGAUAGACUCCUACCUAAAAAGACUUAGUGCUGUAAUAAAAGCCAAAGGUUGCUGCAACCAAGUAUUAGUUUAAGGGUGUGCAUAUUUAUGCAACCAGGUUUUUUUUAACUUUUCUAUUUUUUAUUUUUCCUCUUAAAGGUUCAGUUUGUUUUUCAAUUGCAUUGUACAGGUUACAAUCAAGGUGGAAAAAGUUGUGAAAAUAUUUAUCUUGCUGUCAUUUUCUUGCAUCACGAAAACCUGGCAGUUGAGCAGGGGUGUGUAGACUUUUUAUGUCCACUGUAUAUUGCAAUCCAAUUCAUUUGUUCUAAAAUUGAUAAUUGAUUUAUUUUUAUUUUUAUUAUUAUUUUGGAUACCCAGGGGGGACUGGGUUCUGCAAAACAUGCUUAAAACUUGAGAAUGCUUUUUUCUUAAAAUCAUACUUAAUUUUAGGCAGACCCAGUACCAACCCAAUGGAAAUGAUUUGCCUCCAUUUAGCAUCACUGUCUCGAAAACAUCUAUCAUUUUAUUUUUGAAAUUACCUUGAUAUGGGGGCUUUUUGGACAUUAUGGACUUGGAGCUAUCCCUUUUAAAAGGACUGGCAAAAGUGCAACCUACUGCUGCAUUUUAUAUCAAUCACGAUCCAGCAAACCUCCUCCUUCUUUAAGAUGCAUUGUUAUAACUGAGAAAUACCACACGGUGGCUCUUAAAGGUCAGUGUUUGAUCACGGGAAGGUAGAGGACAGAGGCUGGAAUGAGGCAUACAAUGGAGAAAAGAGAAAAGACCCUUAACCUUUGCUAUAUUGUUUAAAAUGUGUGUUAUUACAGAGUCAAAGGGGGUCCUGAGAGAACUGAAAUAGUGGAACUGGUGAGUUGGACUACACAGAGAAUUAUGGACCAUCCAGUCAUUGUUUUUCCUCAGUCUGGGUUUGAUAUUAUUCAUAUCUUUUCAUGAUAAAACAGCCAGCAAGCCCAGAACACUCUGACAUUGAGCCUGAUGAGCCUGAGGAUGAGGAGGAUGAAGAAGAACCAGAGCAGGAAACAGCCUAUCAGAAACUUCUUUCUACACUCAGCCAACCCAGUAAUGAGCACAGUGAAGAGGAGAGCAGUGACAAUGAAGAGGAAGAAGAGGAACAUCUUGGUAAAGACAAGCUGUUUAUUUCUUAGCACUUAAAGUUUAAGCUUUGCUGUUUGCUCAGUGUUGUAGUGCCUCUAAUUGAAGGAGAAAGUGAUGGUGCUGAAGAUGAGAGUGGGGAUGGUGAAGAAGAUGAAGUAGGAGAGGAAGAACCAGAGGAUGCAGAUGAGGCCCCACCUGAAGGGAUAGUAGGAGAGGAGAUAGCAGGGACGGAUGAAGCAGGAGGUGAAGAGUUUGAAGACAAAGAGAAUGAGUCUCAGUUCUGUCUGGAGACCAACUUCAUGGAUGUGGAUGGAGGAGAAGAGGAUCAAGAAAGAACUGCAGAGGAGACAGACAGCAAAGGUAAAACCCAUGGAAAAACUUGUCCCUUUCUUCAUUUUUGAGGAAUGCUCAUUUGUUGUGUCGCAUGGUAGCUAACUGCUCGGCGAGUAAAACUGAAUCUUUAAGUUUUGGAGCUGUGUUAGACUUCUUUCUUUCUGUACAUGCAGAUAUGUUUUUUAAGCAUUUGGACACAGAGCUCAGUGAAGAGGAUGUGCAGAUGAUAACAUCUGGCAGCAAAACAAAGGCUCAGAUCAUGGUAUUUCCUGCACAUUUUGGCAGAAAUUAAUACAAUUUUUCAGAAGUAUGAACUCCAAAUGCUCAUGUGCCUCUCUCUCUUCAUCAUAUUUAGUGGCCAAAGCUGGGAUCUUUACUCUGUACCACUCCUGUAGAUAAGUUUGCUUCCAUUGGCCAACAGAAGGACACAGAUCUUCCUGUUUUCCACAAACUUUUGGAAUCCAACUGGAAGAAUCUGAACCAGACAUCUGACUCUAAAGGGGUGGCAGAGGAGAUCAGUUCCCUGCAGCUUGAGCUGCUGGCACUAAUGGGCUCAUACAAGGACCUCUACCACCCAGAGACAUGUCCUCUGAGCCAAGGCGCUCAGGUUCGCAGUGCAUACUGUCUCCAUGUGCUAAAUCACGUAUUAAAGGCCAACUCCCAAGUCCUGGCCCAUAAUGCACAGCUAAGAGAGCAGAAGACUCAGGCUAAACCAGGAGCUGAGCCACAGGAGGAACCCAGAGACCAAGGACUGACCCGACCAAAGGUAAACCAAAGUUAAUUCACACAUAAAUGAAAGUCUCUGUUGCUUAAUCCAUCACUCUUUUGUUAAUGUUUUGUUAUGGUGUUCACAGACUGCCUUUGAUCAUUUCACUUCCUGCUUUUCCCUAAAACUCUCCCCCCUCAUCUUUCUCACAGCAGUAUUAUCACUGUAUAGAACAAAAAAAAACAGUCAUAGCAGAGGUGUAAUCAUGGCUUGUUCUCCCUGACAUUGAUAAAGGAAAAAAUCAUUUUGAUUCCUCAUAUUGAUUAAAAAAAAAUAACAAAUGACAUUUCAAAAAGGUCAUCUUGUCCCUUUAUUUUCAAAUCAAAAAUUGAAUUUAAAAAACAUCCCUGUAAUUAGAUAAUAGGGCAAUAACUGUCCUGUCCUUCAAUGAGACAGAAGGUGCUGUGACAUGAAAGUAACCAAAAAAAGAUUUAAUCAAAAGAAUUUAGUAUAGCAAUGAACAAAUUUUGAAGCUCAGUGCGGUCUGAUUUUCUGCAAUUCAGACAGAAUAACUGUGAACUUUGACUUCCUAAUGUUAAAAACAGUUAUAAAGGUCCGUGUUCCAGCAAGUCAUGAGGUCAAGUGUACAAUUCAAGAACAGUAAACAAUAUAGAGGCCCAUUGUGUAGUUGAAAUAAAAGCAUGAAAGUGUAUUUUGGCUGUACCAGUACUUCUUGUAUACUAACAAAGCAAAAGCCUGAUCUGUUCUGUUACUCUUUGGAGAGACUCUCCUUGUUUUCACACUUUUUUAACUAUUCUGAAGUUGUGCUUGGGACAGUCACUUGUUUUAGUUUCCCACCAAUAUGCUUUUUUUUUUCUUUCUUUUUUUUUUUUACUGCUGUUGUUUAGCUGAUUGGUUGUUUUGACCAUGUAAACACUAGGGGGCGCUUAGUUCCUGACAAGUCAUGAGUGUGACAGAAAUCCCAUAAGUGCUUGCUUUGCCUGGAAACAGAACAGAACAUAGUGAAUCUCAACUGAAUGCUUGAUUUGCUGCCUAUAUAAAAACAGAUACGCAGAUAGGUGACUCAGCUUUUUUCAGGCUAAUUCUUUUUUUCUCAGGACUCGUAUUUUCUUUUUUCUUUUUUUUUGUAAAUAGCUUAAGAUUUGGCGUCUGUUUUACUAUUUGAGAAAGCACAGUUAAUAUAUGACAUUGAAACUUGGUUUUUGUGCCAAAAUGUCUCUUCAAAUGUCCCAUAUGAGUUUCACCUGUCUGUCAGAGCUGAUUAUAUCUCACUUCAUUUUGAGAAAAAACAUUUCAGCUAUUUUAUUUCUUCAAAAAAUGUAUUAAAAACCUGAGAACAAGGCUGUAGGUAGGUUUGAUUUUUGUAUCCUGAGGAGUUAAUACACCAAUUCAAAAUAUGUACAAUAAAUACAGACUAAAUAUACUAAACAUCCUGAGAUAAAAAAGUGAGAUACGAAAAAUAUUGGGCUAUCCACUGGUAGUACUAAUAAGAAAUGAGUAAUAAAUAUGAAAUGCGAAAUAUACAGAUGGGAUAAUAAAAAAAAAAAACAAUUUAAGAACAUGCAGCAGUGUUGCUUACCAGAUUCCCUCUUGCUGUUAUGUAGUUUAAAUAACUGCUCUGCCUUUCUCUUAUGCUUAAAUGACUUUUGAAAAGAAGAAAAAAAUGUGCAUAUUUUUACUGCUGUCUGAAUUAUUCAGGUCCUGAUCCUGGUCCCGUUUCGAGGUGGAGCUCUCAGGGUUGUCCAGACACUCAUCAGUCUGAUGGAGUCAAAAGGCAAGAAGGUGGUGGUCAACAAUAGGAAGAGGUUUAAAGAAGAGUUUGGAGAUGAUGAAGAUGACAAGGCAUCUAAUCUGCAGAGACCAGACGAUUACCACGCCAUCUUCUCAGGCAACGUGGACGAUCACUUCAGGAUAGGUACAGCUGAGUGAACAUCUGUCCAAUCUCUGUCUGUUCACAUUAUAAAUGUUUCUAUCUGAGGCCUUUCUCUCGUCAUUCUCCUCAUCAGGCAUCUCCAUCAUCAGGAACAGCAUGCGCCUCUACUCCCCCUUCUACUCAUCAGACAUCAUCAUUGCGUCCCCUCUGGGCCUCCGUACUGUGCUGGGGGCAGAAGGAGAAAAAAAGAGAGACUUUGAUUUUCUCUCCUCCAUCGAGCUGCUCGUGUUGGACCAGGCAGAUGUUUUCCUCAUGCAGAACUGGGAACACAUACUAGUAAGAGCAAGUGUUCAACUUGAUGAUAUAUGAGUGUGUGAUAACAUCUGCUCAGCAGCUCAGGCGUGUCUACAUUAGUGGAUUUGCACAGAAGACUGUAGUCAACCUGGGGCUCCACACAGGAGUGUGUUGGUUGUGAGAUGGCCUCUGAUUGGCUUGACUUCUGGGGUGCAUGAUUAACAGAUGAUUUCCUUCUAAUAUCCUCUUUGAGCAACACGUCUAAGCUGAUUUUUUUUUUUUUUUUUUUCCAAUUGUGCCAAUUUCAGCCAGAAACACACAGAAAAAAGUAUAAAUCAUGGUGGCUGCCUGUGAGCUAAUUGUUGUUAUAGAACAUCAGGUUACAGGAUAUUUAAAUCAUUUGCUAGCUAUCUGUCUCUCUCUCUCUCUCUCUCUCUCUCUCUCUCUCUCUCUUACUGCAGUUUGGUAUAGGAUAGAUACACUUGAUUCUUGUAAAUGGACAGCAGCUUACAAUACAGAGCAAUGAUAAUGAGAUAGAAAAAAGGAAUUGUAACCCUCUGAUGUCUUUUUUUUUUUUCAAUCAGUAAAACUAUAUUCAAUCUGGGAGGGACAAUGUGUAUAUAUUGGUAACUAGAAGCUCCUCGGUGGUAAAUUAAAGACAGAGAAUGAAAUAAUAAUAAUCAGAAGAUGUAGAGAAAGCGUAAUCCUUUCCAUAACAUGAAUAUCAUUCACUUUGUUAUACACACACUGAUCCUCUUUGAAAAUAAUGACGUCAAUCAUUUUUAGCAGUCCUUGGGAUUUCUGAGCAAGACUUAAAUGCUUCCCCAGUGUCCUUUUCUGUUGUAUCCUCUGCAUGAAGGCAUAAAUAGACUCAAAAAUCCAUGUGAUCAUCUCAGCUUCUGACAAGUAGACAUGAUAACCUUGGUGUUUCACUGUAGUCUUAAAUGCUUGUUUGUUUGAAAUCUUGUUUGGAUUACAUUUCAAGAGUGGAAAGCUUGUUCAUUCUCAAUGUGGGCAUCCUGAACCCAGUCCCCAUGUUUUGAUGUUUACUCCUUUACAGCAUGUGAUGAAGCACAUGAACCUGCAGCCGCUGGACUCCCAUGGAGUGGACUUCUCCAGAGUGAGGAUGUGGAGCCUGAACAACUGGGCCAAACAUUACCGCCAGACUCUGGUGUUCAGCUCCAUCCAGGACCCACAGAUCAACAAUAUCCUCUCUAAGCACUGUGCCAACUACAGAGGACAGGUGCUCAACUUUAUACACUAACAGUUAACAUUUGACCUGCUCCUCAGACUGAACAUUAACUGUAGACAAGCAUUUUUCCUAAAACAUCAAUCUCAGCCAGAAAUAACCUCAUAGCUUCAGCUAAUCCUGGUGGCUGGUGAAAGCGUUGUGUGCUGCUGUCACCAUCAUUAUAAGUAAAAAUCUCUGAGAGCUGCUGUAUCUGCUGACUUUGAAAAAGCUUUUCAAAUUAGUUUCCUCAUUGCCAUUUGAAGAUGGGAGAUGUUAGAUAAUGUUCUCACUGUGCUUUUCCCUCAGACUGCCACAAAGAACAUGCCAAAAACAGGUUCAAUCAGCCAGGUGCUGGUUCAGCUGCCUCAUGUGUUUCAGACAUUCCCCUCUGACAGCUUCAUGGACCAUGAAGCGCGGUAAGUGAUUUCAUUGAUGGUGUUUCAGGGUGAAUAUGUUGCCCUGGUUCUGUGUGUUUUAAUAAGAACCCCAUUAACUAGAAAUUUGUCUAAAUGAAAAGCAGAUAUUUUGGUGUGUAACAGAGAGCUCUGGAUGAUUUCAGGGUUGAUCCUGACAUUUUUUUUUCUUGUUUUAUUUCCCCAUCCUGCCUGUAGGUUUCAGUUUUUUUUAGAUAAAGUGCUGCCGCAGUACCGGGACGCAGUCAUGUCCCACACUCUGAUCUACAUCCCAUCUUACUUCGACUACGUCCGUUUGCGCAAUUACAUGAAGAAAGAGGAGAUAAACUUUGUCAGCAUCUGCGAGUACUCCAGCAAGUCUGAGGUGUCCAGAGCCAGACACUUCUUCCAGAAAGGAGACAAACAGUUUCUGCUCUUCACUGAACGCUUCCACUUUUACAAAAGGUAAAAGUGAUUUACAGGGAUGCAGCUAUCUGUGUGCAUACAGGGCACCUGGAUUUGCAUUAUUUCUUCAAUUAUGUAAUACUUACACAAAGUAAAAAUAACUAUUUUCAGUCUUUUGUGAAUCACAAUGCGUGUGCUAAAUGUACUCCUUUGCAUUUUUUCUUCCUGGUUUUCAGCAGGCUAUGGCAGAGUGGUGAUUGCAUAUUCAUUAAGGCAGAUGUACUAAAUGGACAAUGCAUGUGAUCUUGCGCACAGUCCACACUAUGUACUGUUUGUAGAUCAGCUUGUGCGUUUGUCAGAGUUUGCUCUGAAUAUACAUGUUUUGAACAUUCACAUCUUAAGUUAAUCGGGCCCUACAGUACGAAAAAAAAAACACAGCCUCAGUUUCAUAAAUACUAUAUUCUCCUUUAACUCCUCUUCAUCAGUUGUUGAUUAUCAAGAUCCCUGCACCUGUUUUUGAUCCUUAUCCCAUCUUCUGACUCAUGUGUUCAGGUACACCAUCAAAGGGAUCCAGAACUUGAUAUUUUAUGGAUUGCCAUCCUACCCGCACUUCUACAGUGAGGUAUGUAACAUGCUGGCAGCAGGAGGUCAGAGGGAGGGGGCCAGCUGGACCUGCACUGCGCUCUACUCCCGCUAUGAUGCUCAAAAAUUAGCCGCCAUCACUGGAGCCCAGCGAGCUGGACAGAUGCUGCACUCCAGCAAGGCUGUUCACCUCUUUAUAACAGGAGGAGAGGACAAAGACUCCUGAUAUAGCUUUUCAGAUGAGAGAAGGAUGAUUGUAGAUAUUUGCUCUGGAUGGGGGGUAUCAAGAAAGUAAUUGGUUGCUGGUUGGUAAUAGUUGCCAUGCCAUGAGACCACCUGCCAGAUCAACUGUUCAGUUAAGUCUUACAUACAAAUGAAAAAGGUUUAUUUGACGAGCUGUAAACAAACAACAACCAGAAACAUCAAGUCACAAACUGAAGAGAUCAUAAAACUUAGUUUUGAUAAGUUGAAGGUGAAGACUGUUAUGAGAUGUUGUAAAUGAUUACUAACUGGUUUAAUGGGUGCUUUGUUCAUCAGCGUGCUGAUUACUAUAUCAUCUUUACUUCCUUGACUCCCCUCGAUAAGAGUUUUUUUAUUACCUAUACUUACGGUAAAAGUGUCAAAAUGUAACUUCCUCAGGUGCAUCUCAAUAAAUGAGAAUACUGUAAAAAGGUUUUUCAAGCUUGUUUUUUGUUUUUAAUGAUUGAUCAGGAAUCUAGAACCUGAUGUUACAAGAAUAUUUUUUUUAAAUCAACCAAAAAAAGAAAAUAAAAAAAUGGAAAUCAUGUUCAUAUAUACUCAAUAUUUGGUUUGGGUUUCUUGACCAUGGAUUACUGGAUCAGCGGGUUUAGCACAGAGGCCAUCAGCCUGUAGCAGUACAAAGGUGUUUUGAGAGCCCAAGUUGCUGUGAUUGCUUGAUAGAUUUGAUGAAUUGUCUGUUUUGGAUUGCAUGUCUCUUAUCCUUCUCUUGAUUUAUAUCAAACAGAUUGUCAUCACAAUGCAGUAUUUAGUAGAAGUUUUGACACUGUGGCCAGGUGCUAAGUCCAGCUGGAAAAGGAAAUCAGUGUUGUCAUAAAGCUUGUUAGUAGAUAAAAACAUGGAUUGCUCUUAAUUCUUCUGAUAGACAUCCUUAUUGACUUUGUACUUAAUAAAACACAGUGGGCCAAGGCCAGCAGCUAGCAUGGCACCCCAAAUC